AUGUCUGCCAUGAACCAACAGCCAGACCUGACUCUACACGAGUGCCCUCAACCGCUGCCCUAUAUCUGGGCAAGGGACGAAAUUGUCCCGCAGAUGAAACGCAUCAUCUCCAAACUUCAAACUGUCAAGGAAAAUGUUGUUCAGAAUGUUUCUAUUGAAGCCGCAACAUUUGACACGGUCAUGCGACCCAUUUUGGAGGUCGAAGACGCAACCAUCAAUGAAGACGGAGGCACCAUCUGGAUGCAACAGUAUGGCUCUUCCGACUUGGCCACACAAGAUGCCGUCGCCGAGGCAAGACGCCUUAUCAUUGAACACGAAUCUUCUUGGGAAGCCAGCGAAGAACUUUUCAAGCUCAUGAUGGCCGCGCGAAAGAGAGGCGACGACCUCGAUAGCGAGUCUAAGCUUUUGCUGGACAAGGCGCUCCUGCAGAGUCGCAUUGCGGGAUGCGGCUCGCUCGAUCAAAACGCGAAAAAUGAGCUUAUCAAAGAGACUCUGGAGCUGGAGAAGCUGUGCAUGGAGAUGCAGGGCAACCUUGCACACGAGAGCAGCGGUGCGUGGUUCACAGAAGAAGAGUUGGCCGGUGUCCCAGCCGCGGACCUAGAGCGCUUCAAAAAUCACAACAAGAACAAAAGCGAUGAGUCAAAACGCGGAGACAAGAUUUUUGUUGCAUUUGCCAAUGGCGGGCACAGAUCAGUCAUUACACAUGCGACCAAUCCCGAAACACGCCGCAGAAUGUACCUCGAAAACGAAAAGGCGUUUGCGCCCAACAUUCCACUGAUGCAGGAGAUUGUGGAAAAGAGACAGAGGCGAGCUCAAAUUCUAGGCUUCAAGAAUCACGCGCAUCUCAAGAUGGAGAGUAGAUUACUCGAUUCGCCGGAACAGGUGCAGGAGCUAAUUAACACUUUGAAAACGGGCCUGAAGGAUCGAGUCACGCAGGAGCUUGGCGUUCUCCAGGAGCGCCGCCACCGAGACCUUUUUUCCUCUCAUGGCAGUCUAGAUGAAAAGUUUCCACCCUGGGACAGGCUCUAUUACCAGAGACUUGUGCAGGGAGAGCACAACUACGACGCCGAGGCAUUCUCGGAGUACUUUCCCGUCGAAACUGUGCCAGCCGCGAUGCUGAGCGUCUUCGAGUCUUAUUUGGGGCUCAAGUUUGUCGAGAUCCCCAAGGAUACCAUUGAGAAGAACAAGAUUUGGGACGAAACUGUGACGGUUUUCGCAGUCUGGGAUGUGCGACGUCCGCAGGAGCGCGAGUUUGUGGGCUACCUAUACUUUGACCUGCUCUGGCGAGAGAACAAAUUUCGCGGCGCGCACAACGUAACCCUAGAGUUUGGAUACGAGAAGGCGGAUGGGUCGAGGAAAUACCCGUCCACCAUACUGAUGAGCGCUUUCCCGACCGCGGACGACACUGGGUGCGCGCUUCUAAAGCACAGUGAUGUAGUCGUCGUGUUCCAUGAACUUGGGCACGCCAUCCACAACUUGGUGUCAAAGACCAAGUACUGUCGCUUCCACGGGACCAAUCUACCGCCCGACCUUGUCGAGAUGCCCAGCUUGAUGCUGGAGAACUGGUGCUGGAUGCCAGAGGUUCUUACAUCGCUGAGCACGCACUAUGCACUCGUACGGCCAGAGUAUUGCGCCAAGUGGCGAGCCAAGAACCCAGAUGCUGCUUCACUGCCGCCGCGCCAGAUUCCGUCCGAGAUGGUCGAGGCACGGGUAAAAUCCAGAUUCGCAAACGAGUCAACAUGGCUCCUUGGACAACUCGCCAUCUCACAGUAUGAUCUGGCCAUACACAGCGCCGCCACGGCCGAGGCUGCCAAAGCACUCGAUUUCCAGCAGCUCUGGUACGACAUUCACUCAAAGAUGCUCGGCUUUGACUAUUCCGAGUGCCGUGUCGAAGGGGCCGACAUGGUCAGCUUCCACCAUCUAGUUCGCGGCUACGACGUGGCCUACUACUCUUAUCCAUGCUGCUUGACGUUUGCGACAGAGAUGUUUGAAAAUAUUUUUUCCCAAGAUCCAAGCAGCAAGGAGGCCUGGGAGCGGUACAGGACUGGCGUGUUGGAAUAUGGCGGCGGACAUCCGGAUCUGCUCGAGCUGCUGCGCGACUUGCUCGGGCAUGAGCCAACAGCACAUCCUCUGGUUCAGAUGCUGAGCAGUGCAGAGUUGUAA